CCCCCACUGUGGCAGAACAGCUCCCACACACCCAGAGCAGCCGAAUAACGAGGAAGGCUGAUGCAUCCGUGACCAACAACAACAGCUUCAAAUCAUGCGCCGAUGUUUCCUACCACGAGUCGCUCUGCUUCACUUACAGCUCGUGCUCGCCACAGCAUGGACGACGGAUCGAGUGCAGCAAGAUGACGCCCGGUAUGCACCUGUGAAAGGUGGUCACGCAUUUCAAGAAUGGUCAUCAUAUGGAGACAUCCAAAGAAGGAACAAUAAUUUUCAAGCAUACUUUACUAAGAUUCUCAGAAGAGAGAAGAGGCAGUUUGUUAUACCUUCGAUCAAAAUUCCAGAAAAUGAUGCCGGACCUUUCCCAAAGCAUUUCACCACUUUGCGAGCGACUGGUAAAUCUAAGCCGGUUCAGUUCAACGUGACGGGCCCUGGGAUGGAGCAGACACCAGAUGGAUUUUUAUCGUACAACCCGAACACAGGGUACCUCUACGCCACCCGGCCCAUCGACCGAGAAAAAACCCCACGUGUUCAAUUGGAGUAUUUCGUCUACAAUGACCAAGGCACCUUGCUUGAAGGACCCAAACGUCUAACGAUAGAUAUUCUGGACAUGAAUGACAAUGUGCCAGAGUUUGCAUCCCACAUCUUCAAUGCCACCAUUCCAGAAAAUGCAGCAUAUGGCGUUUCAGUGCUGCAGGUGUCUGCUGUGGACAGAGACGACCCGAGCACUCCGAAUGGUAGGCUCGUGCACAGCAUCGUCUCUCAGACCCCUGGCGUUCCCUUCGCAAAGCUGUUCACCAUCAAUGGCACCACGGGAGUCAUCUCCACAGCAUUUGGUCUGUUCGACCGGGAGCUUGUAGAUGGCUACACGCUGACGGUUCAAGCCACGGAUCUGGGUGGCCGAGCGGGUGCCCUCUCAGCCAGUGCCACCGUGUCCGUGACCAUCUCCGACGUUAAUGACAACGCGCCGGUGUGCCAGCACCCGCAGGUGUAUGGGGAAGUCAAAGAGAACACCACCGACCUUAACGUGACAACGUUGAGCGUCACGGACAGAGAUGAGAAAUUCACUCCCAACUGGAGGGCAGUAUACAAGAUCCAGAAUGGAAAAACAGAGGCACAUGUCGCGAUCAAAACUGACCCUCAAACAAACCAAGGCAUCGUUAGUAUCAUUAAGCCUGUGCACUACAGAGACACCAAGGCGAUCAUGCUCAACUGUCUCGGUGGAGAAUGAGGUCGCGUUCUUGGGUGGCGACACGGGGAGUGUGGCAGGACCCACGGGCCUCUCGGGGGCACAGGAUCCUUUGUGGUCCGUGCAAGGGCGGCAGGCUGUGCGAGCUCAUAAUUCGCGUGCUGGAGGAGGAGCUGGCGCCCGUCUUCGUGCCGCCCCACGUGGAGGUGACGGUGGAGGAUGGAGCCCGACCUGGAGCUCGCGUCACCAUUCUCACCGCCACCGACCCCAACUCCUCGGCCAGCCGCAUCGAGUACAGUAUCCUCGACGAUGAGGCGAAUUGGCUACACGUGGACAGGAGCAGCGGGGAGGUCACGACCAGAGCAACGCUCGACAGAAACUCCACGUUUGUGCGAAACAGCACGUACACGGUUUUUGUGACUGCCAUCAAGCACGGUGCGGCCACCAAGACCGCCACGUGCUCCCUCGCCGUGCGUCUGGACAGACCCUGCAGCACGUCCCCUGCUCACCCUGCCCCCCAAGGUCGCAAAGCAGCGGGGCCUGAACGUCGGUGCCAUGGCUGCCGUCAUCUGCUCUCUCGUCGCACUCGCACUGGCGGCGCUUCUUGUGCUACUGUGCCGAAGAUCCAGAAAGAAGAGCCAGCCAUCCGAAUAUCUGAUUUCGAAGAUGGAAGCAGAGGGCUCUCUGAUCAAAUACAACGAGGACGGUGGUGAGGAGAAACCGUACUCCUUGAGGCUCGUGGACAUGACCAAGACCAAAGGCGAUGAAGUCUCAAGGGAAAACACCUCCCGGGACCAAGAAGACCCGCCUAGAGACACCACGGAGAGCAGUUUGUUUCUGCAAAAUCUAUCGCCACGCACUGACGGGGAGACUGAAAACGACUGCAGUAUCAAGACAAAUUCUGCAGCACAAAGUUUCGGCACGCUCUCCGAAGAGGGUUCCAUAUUCCAAACUGCAGAUUUAGACGUUGACCUUACUAGCGUUGAGUUGGAGUCCCGUCCGAGGAGCUGCCAGGAGCUCGAGACCCAGUCCGAGGUUCCCAGCGGCCAUGCCCUCCAUGCCGCCCGGCGGGAUGCUGCUGCGUUCAAAAAACUUCCAAAACAUUCACGUGGCAUCGGACGUGACGACGUCGGGUGACGGUGGCCUGGCGGCGCAGCGGUUCAGCAAGUCCAUGCACAGCUUUUCGGACGCUCGGGCGAGCGAGUUUGCGUCGUCGGAAUUACUCCUGGACCAGGAUAUGUUUGCACAAGAGCACUCGGAUCUUGAGAGAUACCAGUCAGAUGAUCAUGGGAUGUCGGAAUCGACAGAUGUCAGCCUGGACUGUGAUUGGCCUGAGGACAAUGGGUCCGAGUCUGUGACUUUGGACACCCCACAGCCAGCAGCCAACCCCAUGCUUCGUGCGUUUGAGCAGCUCAACUCCGGGCAACUGCAAGAGUGCUUCUCAAUACUCCUCGGAACGGAGAAAGAGCUCGCGGACAUGGACCCGUUGGCCCAGGCCAACGACAUGCUGCUGUCGUACCGCUACGAGGGGGACGGCUCCCGGGCCGACAACCUCUCCUGCUGCUCAAGCUCCCGCGGAGACCGCGGCUGUCGCUCGGCGCAGCCUCCUGCAAGCACAGCGAGGCCGUAGAGGGGGCUCUUCUGUACGGCCACGGUGUGGAAAUGCCACCGAGUUAUCUGAGGCUCAGAUCCGUAAAAACUGUACGGUAUGGCUUAAUCAGAGUGCGCACGAUGCUGUUAGAAGCCGAAAACAGGUAAAGGCGCAGUCCUGCAAUUGCUUGCUCCUGCCACUGCUGAUGGAAGGGCUUCCACUAGAGGGAGCUCUAGAUUGUUCACUCGAGUGGAACUCUGGAGGGAGUUCUAGAGUGUUCACUCGCUUCAUAGCUCAUCGGAUUCCUGCAGUCGAAAUAAAGAUUCUGAUAAUCAUCACUUGCUCUCAUCAUCAUGAUCAUCAUUGUGUGAGAAUUGGUAUUGCCUACUGAUUACUGUUCUCACACUACUUGCAAUCAACAUAAACAAAAUACAGUCUAUUCUAUAAUGCGUUAGCUUCAUUCCUGAAGAACACCGCGUUAUGGAAAAAUUGCGUUAUAAUAAAUAACAUAUUAUAUAUGGUAAAUCACGCCCCACGAUAACACGUGAGAUGCGUAUGCAGGCUGAACAAAGACUAAGGCACGUGGGUAGUAUCUAGAAGCAUCCAGCAGCAUCCCAAUGACUUGUACGAUGCUACGCCGAGGCAGCCGUACGGCCGCUUAUUCCUUUUCGCGCGACGUAGUUCUGUUCACUCGAUCGCGUUAUAUCCAAUUCGCAUCCGCGUUAUAAAAAAACGUGUUCCCUCAUACAUUCAUCGCGUUAUAUCUAAUUCACGGGAGAACAGGCUGUAACUCAACAGCAAUUCCAAUUUCUCACUCUCCCCACUCUCCUCACCCAAUGGUUUCACACCACCACCACCACGAGUGAAAAUCUCCUGCCACCCGCUGGCCAAAUUUGCAUACUUCCCUCCUGGCAAUUGGAUGUUUGGGGACAAUGUGCACUGACAACCAAGUUUAAGAACAAACGCUCAAUACGUCACACAGAGAUGUAAACUAUGAAUAAAGCGUUCAUUGUA